UCCUCUUGUUUUAAGGAGUUGAGUCUCCUGCUGCUGCAUUAAUGUAUAAAAUAAUGAGUCAAUGUAUGAUUAGUGUUUAGUUUUGAGACUCAUACAUUUUAGUAAAAUGGAUUUAAAAGUGUCUGGCACAAUUUAUUUCUGUCUGUUUUUACUGAAAGCCAUCUAACACAAAUCUCUUUUUCAGGUCCAUGAAACAAGAAAAUGACAAAAUGACCAUCUCUGCAGAUGAUUUUAGGUCCCAAAUAUGUGUAUAAAACUACUUCUUCUCCUCUUUGUGAACAUUGUGCUUUGUGUGGCGGCUUGUAAUAAUGAUGAAUAUGAAAUUAAUGGAAGGUGUUGCCCAAAGUGUCUUCCAGGAAAGCGAGUUUAUAAACACUGUGAUGAGUUCACAAGCACAACAUGUGAAUCAUGUCCCUUCAGGACUUACACUGAUCUUCCUAAUGGAUUUAUAGAGUGUCUGCCCUGUUCUGUGUGUGAUACGAGAGAUGGAGUGAUAUUAAAGCAUGCAUGUACAGUAACAUCAGACACAGUGUGUGGACCUCUUCCUGGUUAUUACUGUUUAGACUUGCUCUAUAACUGUAAAAGAGCCAAGAAACAUUCAUCCUGCUCACCUGGACAAUACAUCAAGCAAACCGGAACAGAGUUCAGAGAUACAGUGUGUGAUCACUGUCCUGCUGGUUCAUAUUCAGAUGGGACAGUCUGCAAAUUACAUACAGACUGUGAAUCUCUAGACAAGACAACAAUCAGAGAAGGAACAGAUACGACUGAUGCUGAGUGCAGAGAUGGAGUAUCUUUCCUGACAGUGACUCUGAGUGUGUGUGGAGUGUGUUUGCUGAUAUUUACUGUCAUAGCUGUAAUUAUUGUACGGAUGAAAAAAAAGACAAAAAGAGGAUUAGAUCCAGUUCCAAUCCAAGAUACAGCCAUGUAAUUAAUUGUAAUUAAACUUCUAAAUGGCAGGCAAAUGUUUCAGAGAUCCCCCAGCAGAUCGUUUAUCAAAUAUUCAGUCAUGUUUCAUGGACUUUUUAUGGGAAAAGCUGCACUGUAUACAAAGAAGUGUACUGAACCCUCCUAAAGAGGAAAGAGGACUGAUGCAUCUACAAAGUCAAACUUUGAGAAUUGAGUUCAUACAAAGACUUUUAACAGACUCGGAGAUCUCAAACUGGAGUAAUGUACUCUUCUCUACACUGAGAGGAUCUGAAGGACUGCGAUUGGGAAGAGACUCACUGUGGCUAGAUCCUCAGAAGCUGAAACUCUUCAAGAUUCCUGGUUUUUAUCAAAAACUUUUUAAAGUGUGGGCCAUUUCCAAGAUUCCACAGAAGAGGACUGUGAACUCUGUGUUCUGGCUGUUGAACAAGCCUUUAAUAUUUGGCUCAUGUUUGGGCUUGUCCAGUGAAUGGAGUUACUUUGUGACAGAAGAGAAUCUUCUCAACUCUGGAUCUAACGUUAUAUCUGUGAGUUCAGAGACUGAGAAGCUGGGGAUGAGAUCUACUCGACUGGUCUCCAGAGCUCUUGACAAGUGGAGGAUCACUUCAUCUGAAACAGAUCUGAAACUGUUAUUGGAUUACUCUCUGGGGUUUAUUAAUCCAGAUUCUGAUUCUUUUCCAGGUUUUUAUUUAACUCCCAUUAUGGACAGUUGUGGAGGCUGUUUCUUAGAGUUAAACAGUUUGAUUGUGAUGGGCUCAGAUGUUACUUCUGGAAAGAUCUGUUACAAAAUCCAUGCAUUUAUACAGUGUUCUAGACUGACACCCUUAUUUGCUGUUUUAAAUCACAUUUUUAAUUACUUUAAUGAGUGUGAAUAUUUAAAACCACAAAUAAACGCCUUCAUAGAAAAACAGAGUCGUAAGUAUCAGUGUCAGUUGUUUAAUUUUAUAUUAGGACAUGCAAAAAUAGCUAUUUAUUCUGAAAGAAAAGCAAAAAAUGAUCUUAGGGUUUGCAAUGAUUUAAAUGCAGUGUAUACUAACUAUUUUAAAUCCAGAAUAUUAAUAGAUUUGAACUAUUUUUGUAUAUUAUAUUGUUGGAUUAAACUUGUAGCUGUUGUACAUUGUAAUAAAGUGGCUUCAAAUCUC